AUGUACUUACCAAAUCUUCUCCCACGAGAUGCACAUCACGUUUGGGUAUCUCAAUCCAAUAUAAAGCAUUCCACCAAUGCACAAGGAUCAAGUUCUGAACUUGUAACCACGCAAUUUCCUCCUCUUUCAUCUUACUCUCCAGCAUAUCCAGGCACGAUAACAACUCCUAAUCAUAAUUCAAGUUUUCUCAGUUCGCCCUCAGAUCAAGCAAAUAACUCUACAUUAGAGUAUUUAAGGGCCAAUCUAACGAAUGACUUACAGUAUUUGAAUAGACUUGGAAAAUUCGGAUACAACUAUCUCAAACCAAUAGGGGUAGAUAAAUGUAUGAGGCAAAUGCUUGAUGAGCAGGAGACUGCUGAUGAUCCCAUCAAUUUUGAAGGUGGGGAUGCAAUGGGAGAUUUUGAUGACGAAGAAGAUGGAGACAAUGCUGUUGGAAACAGCGUCGAAGAGUUGACCCACUCUUUGCACCUUCACAACGAUCACGAGUUGGACUUAGAUGUGCAGAUCCCUGAUAAUGAUAUAAACGGGCUAGAUUUCACAGCAAACGAAGAUGAUGAUUUAGACGAACAACUAAAUAAUCCAAUGAGCAGUGCCGAAGAGUUUAUGGCUUCUGAAGAAUACCAAAACGAUCACAGCAUCUUACUUGAUCCACAUGGAACACAACAGCCGACGUCCUCACUACCGGCUGCCAAUCAAGAUGAAGUGCUAGCUAAUUCAGGUCCUUUGACUUCUGCUACUCUCACCACACAAACAUCGGCCUCAACCAUGAUAAGAGGUAUUUCUGUGGGUGAUAUUGGAGAGCAUACCGCAACUGGAGAUACUUCACCACAGACGCCAUAUUAUCCCUCGCACAGUAAUUUAAGACUUCAAGAUAGUCCGUGUUUGAGAUCCUCGGAGUUGAGAAAUGUAAACGAUGUGAUUGAUGAGUCAUCUGACUACGAAAUGACCCUUGAGUGA